UCCAGGGAGAGGCAACCCUUCUCAGGACUGGGGACCACAGACUGAUUGGGGACCUUCCUCUGGAGCUUCUAUUCCUGGGGAUUCAACCAGGGCUCCCCCACCGGACUGAAGGACCACCUGCAGAGCACAGUCUGCACCCCUGCGGGGUCUGAGACCCUGGCUGUGCGUGGAGGCCGAGAAACGUGGACUCCAUCUUCACUGUCUGCUGAAAGGAGAACUGGAGUUCAAAGAAACUUAACUGAGAAGUGAGUCCUGGUCUCUGGAUUCUUGCGUUGAUGUCUGGAGUCAGAGCAACUGGUGAUGAAACCGAGUCCAGGCUCAGUGCCUCCCAGGAAUGGCCUCACAUCCUGUUGUGCAACUUUCCGGAGCCUCUAGGUCAGUGUGGUGCUUUGUAGCUGUCCUGGGAGCCCUCAGCAGCAGUUGGAGUUGGUGCACGGAAGGAUGAGGAAGACCAGGCACUGGGGGCUGCUGUGGAUGCUCUUUGUCUCAGAACUUCAAGCUGCAACUGAAUUACCUGAGGAGAGGUUUGAUCUGGAAGAGGGACAGACCCUGACUGUGUACUGUCCUUAUGAGAUACGAAUGUAUGACAACAGCCAGAAGGCUUGGCAGAGGAUAAGAGAGGGAAAAGAGCUGCCCCAGACACUGGCAACCACAGAGAUGCCUUCAGUGAAUUCCCAUCCGGUCCAAGUGGGGAGGAUCAUACUGGAAGAUUACCAUGAUCAUGGCUUACUGCAUGUCCAAAUGACCAACCUCCAAGUGGAAGACUCUGGACUGUAUCGGUGUGUGAUCUGCCAGCAUCCCAAGGAGCCUCGCAUGCUGUUCCGUCCUAUCCAGCUGGUGGUGGCUAGGGGUUCUUCAGGUACCCCUGACUCCAAUAAGAAUUCUACCCAGAAUGUGGAUAAUAUUCCUUCUACCACCACUAAGCCCCUGGGCCCACUGUAUACCAGCCCCAGAACUGUGACCCAAGCUCCACCCAAGUCAACUGCUACCGUCUCCAUGCCUGGCUCUGAAAUCAACAUUACAAAUACAACAGAUAUCAUCAGGGUUCCUGUGUUCAACAUUGUCAUUCUCAUGGCUGGCGGAUUCCUAAGUAAGAGCCUUGUCUUCUCUGUCCUGUUUGCUGUCACGCUGAAGUCAUUUGGACCCUAGACCUACGAACCCAUGAGAACUGACCUCCAGCCACAUCCAUCUGGCAGUUGUGCCAAGAGAGGAGAGAGGAGACAAAAGGUCUGGGGGAAUUAAUAACACGAAUUAAAUCUGUAAUCACUGGC